CGGGGCGGGAACAGCACAGGAGGGAGCAGGUGGAGCGUCCCAGGAACAAGAAAAUCACGACGCAGAGAACAAUGCCACAGCCACGGCUAAAAACGGCGGUGUGGAACCGAAAGGUGAAGACGCAGAAAAAAUAGAGCACCCGCCGGACGCCGAGCCGGACGCAAUAGAGCCCCCUGUAGCGGACGAUGCUCAUUGGAAAAUUGCCAAAACACAACACAACGAGGAGGCUGUGGUGCCACCACUAGAUGCAAAGCACGAACAGCCUGCGUCGGAAUUUUUGGAAGUGGGACGCAACGCUUUUCGGCAAAAUCUGCACCGCAAGGUACUACGUCUUCGUGGUUCUAUUAAUUUCGGAGGACGAGGAUGUAUAUAUGUAAAGCCUCAGCUGCAGAGCAGAUGCAACAUGAGAGCGCACCACAGCACGACCCUAGCUCCUUCGACGUGUUUAGCGUCUGCUGCGCGUGCUUAACCUAGUGAUUUGGAGCGGACUGACUGUCACGACAGGAAAAACAAAACAUUUGCAUAGAUCCACCAACUGAAUCCCGGUUACACUCCCACAGGUGCCUUCGGGGUUUGCGGACAGUUUUUCUGAGCAUCUGGACGAAACGGAAGUUCCGACAUUGUCUGAUGCAGGAGACGGUAUGAAGCGCGCAAAUAUAGUGCGGGCAAACAUGCGUAGCGAACUUGUUGAUGAACUUCGGGAAGAGUUCCCGGAGAUGCGUGG